CAUGCCCUCACAUCCGGUGCUCACGCAUUACACGCAAAAUUCCACCAAUGUUAUUGCACGUUUCUGCCGUGGUACCAUACCGCGCACCUGCGAUCGUUCCAACAUCAACGAGACCUACGCGCGUCCCUGUACGAUUUCUGAAAGUUAUGUGUCGAGCAGCGACAGCAUUACGUUGGAGCUUAAGAACACUGAGUCAACUGUGCUGCGUCCGCUGGAGUUUAAACUGAAGUACGAGUUCAUCGACUUGCAUCAGGACGGUCUACCGCUGGCUGGUGGCGAGAACGACUGUAGUCGUAAAUUUGUCAGUAGUCUUAUGGAUCGCAAGGAUCCAGCCAUCUUUCGUAGUGUGCGCAAUAUAUUUCUAUUCGGGCGUGGUGGUACGCGUAACUUGAAAUGUAUAUACAAAUUCGAAGGCCAACGGGGCGAACGUAUACGUAUCAAGCUGCGUAAGGUGACUACGUUGAAUCGGCCAUGCAUGUCACGCGUAGAUGAGGACAUAAAUCGUUCAUUUUGUUACGGUGACACAAAUGCGCGUAUUGAGAUCUUCGAACGACCAUACCACGAUUCGAUUUUACUGCCGCGCGGUUGCCUUUGCAAUUCGUCGAACUCAUCGCAUCUGCCUGUGGAAUACACCUCUACAAGUCGUGAUCUUGAAGUGCAUUUUACCGCCAUAAAUAUGACCACACUUGACGAUCCGGAUGCCAUAAACUUCGAAGGCAUGUUCGAAUUCAUCAAGGGACCAGCAAACUGCAAAGAUGGACGACGGAAAUUCGGUCCAAGUGGCACUAUACAGAUGACGUUCGGUGAUAUGGAAUGCCGCACACGACCCUGGUUGAUUGAACCUUCGAAUGGCAACAAAUUUCUCUAUGUGCGCCUUAAAGCCAUAUUCCUGCGUAAAUACAAUCCCAAAAAAGCAAUGAAUACCACCAUAGUGGGCACAAGCUCAUAUCGGUGCGAAACCAAAGCUCGCGUCGUGCUAACAACUUCCGAGGGUUUGACCAUCACCGCUUGCCCGCUAUCGCCCGACUCAAAAGCUUACGAGUUUGUAGAAAUUUUCAGCUCUGGCUGGAAUGAGCGUCCCAUUUACUCGAUUGCGAAUCGUUCCAAAGCCAUUAGCGUUGAGUAUCUGCGUCCUGAGAAUGGUGACUUUACAUUCAAUUGGAUGGAAUUGGUUCCUAGACCAGUACUGACUAUAGCAGAAGACUGUCAGUACAAAUGCUCCGAACUGGGAGCUUGCGUUAACGCUAGCGUUUGGUGCGACGGCAUUGUACACUGCCCCUCCGGUGACGAUGAGACCUUCCUACAAUGUUCGGCCAUCAUGAAACUACCCACUGAGAUAUUGGCCACUUUGUGUCUCAUCAUUGUGUUGCUGUGUUGCGCCUUUGCCGCUUUCGCAUACAAGCGUUUUGCUUUCCAUUGCAGAAAAAUCAAGCGCAAGUUUCGCGGUUCAUCAGUGCUGCAGACGCGCCUCAAAUCGCUUAGUUCUAUGGAUACGGCCGUGUUGGAUGAGAAGGAGGUGAUUUGCUGACAAAGCGACAAUUCUGUGCGAUAUGUCGAAAUCGAUCGUGUGACCAC